CUCGCUGCUGUCAUUGAUCCGAAAGAGAAGAGACAUCAACACUGACAUCCCACUAGUGGUUCAGGACUCUGCCAAGACACCAGAGGUGGACGUCAGGCAGCAGGCCGUGGAGGAAAUGAUGCAAAGGAUCAAAAAAGGCGUUCACCUUCGACCAGUCAACCAGUCACCUCAUAGAGUCAGGAGACAGAUACAGAAGCUGCCCUCUAAUUCUGCCAUUCAGGAACUUAAAGGAAUCAUGGAGAAUUUCAAUAGAACCUCCCCCCAACCAAAGGCAGCAUCUCCGUCAACAAACCACGGUGAGGAGCUGCAGAGGAUCCUGCUGCGCCGGCGGGAUGCAGUGGAGUCCCAACACAAUGCCAGUGCCCAUCCCAUCCUCUCCCCUGCAGUGUGAGCACUGCCACCAGGCUGAGGUCAGGCCCUGACAUGAGUAUCCAGAUAAUACAGACUGGAUAUGGGUGACGGAAGAUCACGUGAUCCAGAAUCAAUGUCUAGCAUUUCAUUUUACUGUGUUUUCUGAUUGUGUUUUCUGUCUUUUGGGUGAAUUUCCACAUGGUAAAAAAAAAAGAGAAAUCAGAGCAGACAUCCUGGGUGUCAAUCAAGCCAGAGGUUACGUAGCCGGUGGACUAAGGCCACAAAUGUGUCUUUGAUUUACACUGAAGCCGUUUAUUUCAUUGAAAUGAAAGGCAUGUAUCACACACCACCUUUUCAUUCAGCUCUCUUUCUGAUACUGAAGGGAAAGCCCAAUUUAUUGUUUGCAGUGUGAGGAACAGUGAUGCAGGUUUUACAGCCUUGAGCUUUUGCCAAAGCAAAGUAUGUCUCUGAAUGACUCUGUCUAGACAAGUGUUAGCCUUGUAGCCACCCAGUGAGCAAUUACAGGCCACUGUGGCAGAUUUAGUUUCCACUGCUCCUCUCACUCACACUAACCCCCCCCCCCAACCAACCUCCUUAGGCCACCAUUUUAUGUAGGGCACUGUCUCCUCUCUGCAGUAUGUACUAUCUGUUCUGCCUUUGACUGUUUCACUUUGAGGAUACAAGACAAAUCAAGGGACAAACAUUUGUAGCUAAACAGAGCUGCAGGUGACUGUGUUGAUGUAGUUGUGUUGGAACAAGUACCAGUGAGAAGAAUUCAGGAGGGCCAGUUUGAAUAUAGUCACCAGUUUAAAACACGCUUUAUAACAAUGUCCUACCAGGUCAUAUAUGAGGAAUUAAUACUUACACUCAUUUGAUUGGCCAGCACAGUGUGUUUAGCAGAAUAGAGAUUUCUGGCACCAAGGUGUUUGAAGAAAUGGGAAAAAAGUACUUGAAGUAAAACUAAUUCAUUAUUGUCUCAUAUAGUUGUUUUAUAUUAUGGGAUGCUCUGGUGGUAAAAAAUCUGACAUUAUUGGCAGAUGACUGUUGUUAUGACUGUUAUGAUCUGUUGUUGUUGUUGUCGUCCUGGGGUCCUCUGUGUACUGCUGUGGUCUCAUUGAGGUGAAUGAGGGGACUUCACUGUUAAACAUGCUCAGUAUGUGAUGUUGAUUCAUUCCAGCCCUUAAUGUGUAAUCAAGCCACAAAAGAGAUUCACUUUACAAUCAGGACGGUGUCUUUCUUUUCACUGCUCUAAAAGAAAAAAAAAGAGAGAAACAAAGAAAAAAUCUUGAUUUUCUGCCAUUUUUUGAGACGCUUGGCCUGUCUCCUGGAAAAUAUGUCUCUAUUAAUGACUAAUUUGCAAAAGCAAGUAGAUUUUAGGAAAAACAUAAUGCAGCACAGGUCACAGUUUAACCAUAAUUAAGAAUGAUGAGGAAACAUUGAUUUUGAAUAUAUCUGUCAAGUCUGAAUGCAUCAAUAAAAUGUUUGUGUUGUGUAUGUUUUCCCAUUAAUACUUUGAUGGUUCCAUUCAGGGAACUCAGAGGUUUUGGAUGUGAUUCAGGAAAGAUGGUGGUCUUGGUUAAAUACUGAAAAUGUCAACAGCGACUUGAAGCACAAGACCCAAUGAGUUUACUUUAUUUUGAAUCCAAAAUCUCUCCUUAACUUCAACCACAGUGCAGCACUCAGGAAUAAAUCCCAUCCAGCUUAGACCCAAAGUCUCAGCUCUGCUGCACCUGUAACUGCUCUGUAAACAGAAUGGACACUCACACUUGAGUUGUGAUUUACUGUGUAAAGAUAAAGAUAUUUAAUAGAUGGACAGGAUGUCUGUUGAGGCUACUUUUGGUGGAGAAAUCUCCACAAUGGAUUUCUCCCUCUGUAACUGUUAAACCUUUGUGUAAGAAACUUCUUCUAAUUCUGAGUAAAUAAAACAAACUUUACUAUUUUCUGCAGACUGUGAAAUGUUGAGUAAUCAGAUUCUGUUGUAUCCAUGUUGGGA